CACCACCACCACAGACAUCAUCAGAUCACCACCCAGUGCAGCAAAAGAAAGAAAGAAAGAAAGAAAAGAAAAAGGCAGGCGCGCCAAAAUGGACAACGGCGGCAGCAACGGCUCCGCCACCGCCUCCGCCUGCUGCAACGGCAAAAUUAACCGCGGGCCGCACGUGGCGAUGCUGGCGACGCCCGGGAUGGGGCACCUGAUCCCGCUGGCGGAGCUGGCGAAGCGGCUGGCGUCGCGGCACGGCGCCACGGCCACGCUCAUCACGUUCGCGUCCACGGCGUCGCCCACGCAGCGCGCGUUCCUGGCCUCGCUCCCGCCCGCGGUGUCCUCGCUGUCCCUCCCGCCCGUCGACCUCUCCGACCUGCCCCGCGCCGCCGCCAUCGAGACGCGCAUGUCGGAGGAGUGCGCGCGCUCGGUGCCGGCGCUGACGGCCGUCCUCGCCGGCCUCAGGCGGAGCACGGCCGGCCGCCUGGCGGCCUUCGUGGCCGACCUCUUCGGCGCCGACUCGCUGGACGCGGCCCGCGCCGCGGGGGUCCGCCGCAGGUGCAUCUUCUUCCCAUCCAACCUGCACGUGCUCACGCUCAUCCUCCACCUGCCGGACCUGGACGCCGCCGUGCCCGGCGCGUUCCGGGACAUGCCGGAGCCGCUGCGCCUGCCCGGGUGCGUGCCCGUCCCGGGGCCCGACGUGCUCAUGCCGCUGCAGGACAAGGCCGACCCCUGCUACCGCUGGAUGGUGCACCACGGCGCCAAGUACCGGGACGCGCACGCCAUCCUCGUCAACUCGUUCGACGCCGUCGAGCCGGGCCCCGCCAAGGUCCUGCGCCAGCCGGAGUCGGGCGGCCCCAGCCGCCGGUGGCCCGCGGUGUACCCGAUCGGCCCGCUCAUCCACGCCGACGGCGGGCGGAAGGACGGCGCGUCGUCGUCGCCGUGCCUGGAGUGGCUGGACCGGCAGCCGCCCCGGUCGGUGGUGUUCGUCUCGUUCGGGUCCGGCGGCGCGCUGCCGGCGGAGCAGAUGCGGGAGCUGGCGCUGGGGCUGGAGCUCAGCGGCCAGCGGUUCCUGUGGGUGGUGCGGAGCCCCAGCGACGGGGGCGCCGUCAACGACAACUACUACGACGCGGAGAGCAAGCGCGACCCCUUCGCCUACCUCCCCGAGGGCUUCGUGGACCGCACCUGCGCCGCCGGCGUGGGGCUGGUGGUCCCGUCCUGGGCGCCGCAGACCCAGGUGCUGGCGCACGCCGCCACGGGCGCCUUCCUCACCCACUGCGGCUGGAACUCCGUGCUCGAGAGCCUCGUCUACGGCGUGCCCAUGGUGGCGUGGCCGCUCUACGCCGAGCAGAGGCAGAACGCCGUGCUGCUCUCCGACGGCGUCGGCGCUGCGCUCCGGGUGCCCGAGUCGUCCAAGCGGAGGGAGAUUAUCGCGGACACGGUGCGCGAGGUGAUGCGCGGGGAAGGGAAGGGCGCCGCGGUCAGGGCCAAGGUGGCCGAGCUGCAGAAGGCCGCCGCCGAGGGGCUCCGCGACGGGGGAGCCGCCGCCGCCGCGCUGGCCGAGGUGGUACAGGGGUGGACGACGACGACAGGUGGAGGAGAGAAGGACUAGGUGGUGGUGACUGGUGAUGCCGACGCGAUUGGCGCCUGCCACCUGCCGCCUGCCGCCUGGUGCCACAGCGAUCGUCCUCAUCCAGACCAACUCCAACUUGGGCCGGGCCAAACGAUUCGUUUGUUCCUUGUCCUUGUGUAUAACUUUGGUUCACAUGCUUUGCUUGCUGUAUGUAAUGUGACCUACAGGCCUGCACUUUGGCACGUAGUUAAUUAGUAGAGUACUCCUAGAUAGCUGAUCUGUGUCAUGACGAUACGAUGUAGAAGAAGGCUACCGCUUUUAAUUAAUUUGGCACUUUGUAACUUACAACUAUACUGUUGGGCCAGGAGCAUUAUUCUCCCGAAGAUCCUCAUAUACUAGAGGAGUAAUGCUGAAGAUUGGCUUCAGCCUAUGCCGUUGACAGACGUGGACACAAAGACAACAACUUGAAACAAAUAUUGUGCGUGUAUAAAAGAGUGAGGUAAAGUAAUAUCCCUUAAGAUAGGAUCAUGUGCUUUAUGUUUAACUCACGUCCCAUGUUAUCCUCAAUUAUAUUUUAUGUUCCAUAUGAUUGUUUACCCUUCA